AUGACAAUAAAUUCUUCCGAUUUUGUGUUGGUUGUUGGCUCAAGUGAAUUGCCUUGUGUGAGUUUAGAAAGAGGUGGUCAAUCAAGUUUAGUUGAUGAUAUCCCUACCGCUCCUAUUGUGGACGACGAAGAUUUCAUUAAUGAUGAGGAUGAAAAUGAGGAUGUUGAUAUUGAUGAUGUAGAAUUAAGUGAUGGUGGCUAUCAAAAAGCUCGGAACUUUAAUGCUUUGGAGCAUCAUAAUCAACGUCAGGGAAAUCAAAAGCCAGCUUGGUUAAAAGCUCUCUACAUGCAGAAAUUCUUCACCGCAUGUUCAACUCACGAGAACUUAAAGAAGAACGAGAAGAAUAUAUGUUGUUUGGAUUGUUGCAUCAGCAUUUGCCCACACUGUGUGCACUUUCAUCGAUUCCAUAGGCUCCUUCAAGUUCGUCGUUAUGUAUACCACGACGUUGUGAGGCUGGAAGACCUAGAAAGGCUUAUUGACUGCUCCAAUGUUCAGGCUUAUACCAUUAAUAGUGCAAAAGUGGUGUUUAUCAAAAAGAGACCUCAAAACAGGCAAUUUAAGGGCUCUGGAAACUAUUGUACUUCUUGUGAUAGGAGCCUCCAAGAACCCUUCAUCCACUGCUCUCUAGGGUGUAAGGUGGAUUUUGUGCUCAACCAUUAUAGAGACCUCACACCAUUCCUAAGAGUAUGCAAUUCCUUGCAACUUAGUCCAGAUUUCUUCAUUCCAAAUGACAAUGGAGAGGAUGAGAUGACAAACGAGACGCCGUACUCAACGAUCGUGGAUUUUGAGGAUCCCAUGAGCUCGUAUUCAUGCUCAUCGGGCUCUGAAAACACGAGUAUGAUGUGCACCGAGUUCGUUAGGAAGAAGAGGAGUGGACUUUAUACUUGUGGAAGAUCCAAUAAGGUUCAUUCUGAAGAGGAUAUGGCCUCAAGCAUGAUCAGUAGAAGAAAGGGCAUCCCCCAGAGAUCACCUAUGUGUUGAGACUUGAGAGAGCAUU